AUGCAGUGGACUGUGGCGCUUGAGGGUGGACCUCGCCGCGUCAACCACGCUGCGGUUGCGAUCGGAGAUAGGAUAUUUUCGUUUGGUGGUUAUUGUAGCGGUGAAAUCGUUGACCCCGAUCAGCCUAUCGACAUUCACAUGCUAGACACUAAUACAUAUCGAUGGAUUUCUGUGAAAGCGCACGGUUGUGAUUUGGACGGUGAUGAUGACAGGAUGGAAGAGGACGAUAUGGAACCACUGAGAUCGCUACCGUACCAGCGUUACGGUCAUACUGUGUGCGCGUAUCGAGGUAGAGCCUAUUUAUGGGGUGGCCGAAAUGAUGACUACGGUGCAAGUUCGACGCUUCACGAAUUCGAUCCUGUACUACUUCGCUGGCGUAUCGUUCCUGUAGAAGGUCGUGUUCCACCUGCACGAGAUGGGCAUUCAGCAGUAGUGGUUGGCGAUAGAAUGUUCUUGUUUGGGGGAUUUGAAGAGGAUUUGCAAAGGUUCAGCCAAGAAACAUACGUUUUCGACUUUUUAACGAAUCGCUGGAGUGAAUUCAACACGACAGGUCAGCCGCCUCUGUGGCGCGAUUUUCAUACUGCCGUCGCGAUUGAUAGCAAAAUGUACAUUUUUGGUGGAAGAAGUGACCACACAGGACAGUUCCAUUCAACGCGCGAUAUGUACGAUGAACGACUAAAAGCUCUAGAUUUACGGACAGGAGAGUGGUCAGAUCCAGUGUGUAAUGGUGUUGGACCUACGGGAAGAAGAAGCCAUUCAGCAUGGACAUAUGGCGGCAAAAUGUACAUAUUCGGCGGUUAUCUUGGUACGCAGAAUAUGCACUAUGAUGAUCUUUUCUCGUUUGAUCCUCAAACGAAUCAUUGGGAGAAAAUAAAGACAUCUGGACCUAUGCCCUCAGCUCGUCGUCGUCAAUGCACUGUUGUCGUUGGCAGUAGAGUAUUUUUGUUCGGUGGAACUAUGCCUGUAAAGAACAGCUCUGGUACGCCAUCUGGGCUUGCUGAUCUGGCGGAUCUCUAUGUUCUGGACUAUGCACCUUCGCUGAAACAUCUAGCCGCUGGCGUUGUCCUGCGCAACAACUUCCACAAAACGUUUGCCAAGUGCAUACCGCAAGAUUUGAAUCGUGAAUUGUGGGCGAUGACAACACCAAAUGCGAUUUCUACUCCGCUUACUCAACGACACGAUGCUACCGGAUAA